GUUGCUGUGUCUUUUGACCCUGCGCAGGAACCGUAGCUAGCCAAAACAGAAGAUGGCUACGGCGGAUUCCCAGCCGCGGUUCGGACAGUCUGUCAAAGGUUUAUUAUCCGAUAAGGUGGGCUCCUGCAGCGGGGAUGUCAUCGCUUUGACCCGCCAGGUGCUGAAGGGAUCCCGCAGCCAAGAGCUUCUCGGUCAAGCAGCCAGAAACAUGGUGAUCCAGGAAGACGCCAUCCUGCACUCUGAGGAUAGUCUGAGGAAGAUGUCCAUCAUCACCACUCAUCUACAGUACCAGCAGGAGGCCAUCCAGAAGAAUGUGGAGCACUCUAAAAACCUGCAGGACCAACUGAGACACCUGCUGAAGUGACACAGCACCAGAGGAGCACCAGAGGAGAACCAGUCUUCUGUUCACCAACACCGUCUCAGCAGGAGUUUGAACAUGCAUAGAGUUUAAAGUUCAGCCUUAGAUAUCCUUUCUUUUUUUUUUUUGAAGUUAUACUUUUGGGGCUUUCACACCUUUAUUUCUAGAGGAGAGGACAGUGGAUAGUGUAGGAAACUGGGAGAAUGACAUGCAGGAAAGAGGCCGCAGGCUGGAUUCGAACCCGGGCCACCUGCUACAUGGGUGUACAACUUAACCAUUAGGAAAAGUCCACACCCAGAUAUCCUUUCUAACACGCUGCUGGCUGGUACAGCGGGAGGAUGUCAUCAUUUACAUGUUUAUGUUUUGUGAAGUGUUGCUCAGUGUCGGCCAUAGACUGUAUAGAUAAUGGACGUAGUAUCUGUGACGUCACCCAUCUCUUUCUGAAGCGUUGAUUGGGGACAAUCGUCAGCGGUGGCCAUAUUGGAAAUGUUGAACUCAUCCUGACUGCUGUCGAACGAUUGUGCGUAAAGAGGCGGGCUUUGAGCCUCUUAGCCAACAGCUACAGUGUUCCCACCUGUCAAUCAAGUCAAGUUUAUACCAGACUGUAAACAUGUUUAUUUCUGCUGUAAAGAUCAGCAUUUUUGAAUGGGUGUGUAUGUGGUUUCCAGUACUUUCGGAGCCAGCCUCAAGUGGAUCUUUGAAGAGCUGCAGUUUUUAACACUCCUGCAUUGGCUUUAAUUCUCGCGGGCGGAGGUUGCUGCUCAAGGCUGAUUUAUAGUUCUGCGUCUCCCCUAAGCAGCAGGGGCUGACGAAGACAUGAGCACCACAUACCUGUGCGUCGAUGUGUCCGUGUUGCUCAGCAAUUCUCCACCAAAACGCUUGAGGGCAGUGCGGUCUCUCUGAUAGUCGGCCGCCUGCUUCCUCUGUUUACUUUUCCACAGAGAUUCAGAGCGUGUUCUGUUAAUCUACAGCUGAUACAUGUUGCUGUUUAUCAUACAGACAUGAUUACAUGAAGAAUAGAGAGGAGGAGAUGGAAUACACGGCCGAUGAGCGGGGAUUCCAGAAGUGCUGUAAAUGCGGGAAACACAAUGCCGCCGAGUUGACCAAUCACAGGGCUUGCAGUCCGCGUCAUUCUACGGGUAGUUACAUUUUUGAAGAGGUGCAUGUCAGCUACAUGUGUAGGCCUCUGUGUAGGUACAGGAGCUACGCGGACACCCGGCGUAGGCUACACCGUCGAUUCGACGCGGAAGUAUAAAUCAGCCUUUACUGUCGGCAUGAUGCCCCAAACUUAAGAGUUGUGUUUGCAAAGCAGCGACCAUGAGAAGUUAUUUAUUGACGGGUUAUAUGUUUUGAGUUCUUGUGUUUCCUCAGUCUAUUUAAAAAUCGUGUCUGCAGCAUCCUGGCUCCUCACAGCACCUCGAUGUGGGACAAAUUCAAACCUUCAUCUGUUCUGAAGCACGCCUUAAAUGCACCUGUAGGGAUUAGAUGUAAUCUCUUGGUCGACACAAAAGCUAUGAUCGUGCAACUGCAGAAUUUUGUCAAUGCAAAAUCCUGCACGCUUUGAAAAAGUGGUUUGAAUGCCAUCGUUUGCGUUUUAAUUUUGAGAGAGAGCCAUGAAUCAGGAAGAUGUUCGGCCCCUCUUGAAUGUUUUGAAUGUUUGAAAGAUGAUGAAUCUGUCAGAGACACAGAGUUCUUGUGGUCCUUGUGGUUCAAGGGUGGAACAUGUCUUGGCAGCACAAAGUGUAAAAACCUUUGUGCACGUGCUGCUGUGGUGAGGCUGUGUGUGUGUGGCAAGAUGCAACCCAAUGGACUGUCUUUGUAACUUUCAUUGAAGUGAUGCAUUCACACUUUCAGUGUCCAUGUUUUGCCUGCAGUGGAGUGAAGCAAAGUGUGUGAGCAUGAAUAAAGACACGUCUUCUACUCCAGGCUCCAGAGUUCUGCUCCUGGAAGUGACCAGGAGAAGAAAACCUGUGGACCAGGGUUCAUUGUUCAUUUCUCCACAGACUUGAGGAAGUUUAAGAGAGAGUCCAUCCCGGGCUGCAUCAUCAGCUCGGUGGUGUGAUAAGGAGAAACAGGACAAAGCUAUCAGCAGCCAGAAGGCCAAACAGCUGCUUGACCCUGACGGCGUCCCUGAGGCCACGCUGCUCAUGCUGCACGUGUUUCACACCGUCAUGCUGGGCUCGCUGCCUCAGGAGGAGCUGACUCAGGGUGUGUUGCAGGACUGGACAGACACACAGGGGACAUACUGACCUUCAUACAGCGAGUCAGCAGAAUGCAGAAACAGAAUCACAAACCAUGAAGAGUAAAUACAAACUGAGGUACAGUCAGAGCGAAGAAUCUCUGAGACGUUUUUACUGAAGUGUUUAUCAUCUACUGUCAGUUUAACCUCUAAGAGUUUUACAAUGAACUGUCAAACUUCACUGGAACAAUUGAGAAUAAAACGUCCUGGUUUUGGGAACAACA